AUGUCUGGAGGAUCAUCUAGAGACAGAGAUAUAGGUAGAAAAUGGGAAUCCGGCGCAUUAAAAAGAAAAAGAAAUGCUGUAACUGUUAUGUCUAAUCAAGCUCUGAGUUUAAGUAUGAUGAAAUUUCUCAAGAAAUCUUCAGCUGGUGUCACCGUUUCACGGUCACCCGAAGAAACUUCAGUUUCAGAGGUAUCAUCAAACGAAAAUUUAGCUGAAAGUUCGUUACCUGGAACAUCAGGCGAAUCUGCUAUGAUCCAAGUGUCCGAACCCAAUAAAGAGUUGGAAAGUGAAACGAUGUGUGAUUCAAAAAAUCAAGUACAAGAAGUUCAUUUAAAAGAGUCAUUUAUAGACUUAGAUCCAGGAAAGUGGGUAUUGCCAUUAAACAAUGCACAACGUCAUGACCUAAUUCAAAACGGACUCAAUCAAAAUUUAGGGAUAUCUGAUGAAAGUUCCCCAAAAGACGCAAAUAAUAGACAUUUUUCCAAAUUUCAUUUCACUCGAAAAUUAAGUAACGGCGAAACGCAACAUCGCAGAUGGCUAGUUUACUCCAUUUUUCAAGAUAAAGUUUAUUGCUUUCCAUGCAGACUUUUUUCACAUUUACAGACACAGGUAGUUAUGGAAGGAUGUUGUGACUGGAAAGAUUUGAGCCGAAUAUUACAAAGACAUGAACAAAGCCAAGGACACAUGGAAUGCAUGAUUAAAUGGAUGGAAUUAUAUAAAGGAAUAAAACACGGAAAAACAAUAGAUAAGGAUAAUGAAAGAUCGAUUAAAGACUCGCAAAGGUACUGGUUUAACUUAUUUGAAAGAAUGAUUGAUAUAAUAAACUACUUAGCUGUACACAACUUAUCAUUUAGAGGCCAUCGGGGAAUCUCUUAA